CAACAACAACAACAACAACAACAACAACAACAACAACAACAACAACAACAUACCAACCCCGGACCAGCCCCGGAUCCCGCAACCUCCACACAACACCACCACCACCACAAACACCCACCCCCAAACCACCCAAAAUGACCACCCCCGUAAACGCCUACGACAUCGGCAUCGCCACCCCCCUCCGCGGCCUCCUUUCCCUUCAAAACAUCCUCGCCAAAGCCGCCGCCCACCCCUCCGCCGCCACCCUCGCCAUGGCCAAGCUCCACGGCUGCGAAGACAUGAAGCCCUUCGCCUUCCACGUGCAGUCGUGCGUGUCCAUCGCCCGCGGCACGCCCGACCGUCUCGUGCCCGCCACGCAGCCCGUGGAGACCGAGCAGGCGGGUGUUGAUUUGGAUGAGGAGAAUGUGACGCUGGAGAAGCUGGGGGUGUUGGUGCAGGGGGUGGUGGGGUUGUUGCAGGGCGUGCGGGAGGGGGAGAUGGAGGGCGCGGAGGGGAAGAGGGUGGUGUUGAGGUAUGGGGGGGAGCACACGUUUGUGUGGCAGGGGAGGGGGUAUAUACUGGGGUAUGGGCUGCCGAAUUUUAUGUUUCAUUUGUGUAUGGCGUAUUCGAUCCUGAGGAGUCAGGGUGUGGAUGUGGGGAAGAUGGAUUACAUUGGGCCGUUUAUGGACGGGAUGACGGUCCAGGAGUGACGGUUAAGGGGUUUGUUGUGAAGGGGUGGUUUGUUCGUGAUGGGAUAUCAUGCAUAGCCACUGUCUGGACUCGCGCCUACGCUUAAGGGGGUGGCCAGUUUGAGACCAGCGAAUCUAAGAACAC